UUAAUAGAGAGUGCGGAGAGUAGCGCAGAGAGAGAGAGAGAGAGAGAGAGCGCAUUGAGCAAGCGAGCGUGUGCCGGAAGCCAACAAGAACCCUAAUCGCCUCCCUCUUCAAUGAUUCUGAUCUCCAUUCUAUAGCGCGAUCGUUGAUGAAUCGUUUCUGAUUGCUACUAAUCGUCUCGGAUGCACGAAUCUGUCUUCUCUGUUUUUAUCGAUUUCUCGUAUACUGAGUGGAUUGUAUUUUAAGAUUUGUUUUCCUUUUGUUGCAUUUUUUUUUUUUGAGUUUGGUUGCUGAUUUUCCCGGUCAUACGAUUUCGGUUUUUGUACGUGGUUUUUGACUGUUUCGUACUUUGACGGAUUCUCGGAGGGAUUUUUGAGUUGGAGCGCUAUAAUCCUGGGCAUGAAACUGGGUUAGACGCCAAAGCGAUGGAGGCGAGGAAAGAAGUUGCGAUGCCGGAGCCAAUGCGGUUUACGACUGUAAGUGGCGGGAAUGGGGCGUCGCGGCCUUGGAUUUUGGACGAGAAGGAUGGGUUUAUCUCAUGGUUGCGGGGAGAAUUCGCGGCGGCCAAUGCUAUCGUUGAUCUGUUGAUGUUUCAUCUUAUGGCCUCUGGAUCGCCAGGCGAGUAUGAAGGCGUCUUGGAAUCCAUCAACGAGCGGCGGUACUACUGGACGCCCUUCCUCCAUAUGCAGCAGUACUUUCCGGUGGCGGAUGUCGCGUCCGCUCUGCAGCAGGUGGAAUGGAGUCAGCGGAAACUAAUGCCACAGAGGUAUUCCUAUGGCACAAAGGGGAGGGACGGAAAGAAGUCUGGGGCUGGACACCGUUAUGAUCAUCGAUCCGACAGGAUUCUAGAAAGACAUGGAUCUGUUUCUCUUGGUACGGCUGUGGCUGAUGAUGGAAAUGUGAGGAAACAAGAUGGUCAAGUAGAAAAUGGUAAGCAUGUACACCAGAAUAAUGAUGCCCCAACGUCACAGACAAAGUAUUCAUCUCUUCAUUCUGAGAAGGAUGGAGUUUGCAAUUCAUCCAGCUCUCAGGAAAAUGUUGGCCAAGAAGAUGGAGGUGGGAGUGUUGAAAAUAAGUGUAAUGAAUUGGAUCCUUCUGUUGUGGGUGAUAGCCAAACCUUAGCUAGUAGAGGGUCUUACAAUAAUUCUGCUAAGGACGGAGCAAAGGCGACUUCAAAUCCCAAUGAGAAUCAGAAUGUUAUUCCAAUUCCAAAAGAAUUUAUGGCCAAUGAAUUGUGUAAUGGCACAAUGGUUAAUGUUGUUGAAGGGCUUAAUAUCUAUGAGGAUUUACUGGAUAGAUCAGAGGUGGAUAGACUAGUUUCAUUAGCUAAUGAAAUGAGAACUGCUGGUCUUAAAGGAGAACUUCAAGGGCAAACACUGGUAGUUCUGAAAAGACCGAUGAAGGGACAUGGAAGAGAAAUGAUUCAAUUAGGUGUCCCAGUUGCUGAGGGACCUCCAGAAGAUGAAAGUUAUGGUUUUACCAUAGAGAGAGAAGUGGAAGACAAAAUUCCUAGCUUACUGAAGGAUGUGCUUGAUCGUUUGGUUCGGCUGCAAAUAUUUCUUAUGAAACCUGAUUUUUGUACUAUCGAUUUCUUUAAUGAGGGAGAUCAUUCACAGCCUCACUCAUGGUUACCAUGGUAUGGUAGACCUGUAUGCAACAUAUUAUUGACUGAGUGUAAUUUUGUAUAUGGCCGAGCAAUGGCAUUAGAUCAAAGGGGAGAUUACAAUGGUUCACUGAAACUCUCUCUCACUGCGGGAUCUCUUAUUGUGAUGCAAGGGAAAAGUGCUGAUCUAGCUAGACGCGCUAUCCCUUCACUUCACAAGCAGCGAAUCCUUCUAACUUUGGGGAAGUCUAUAUCAAAGAAGACUCUCAUAUCUGAAGGCUUGUUCUCCGGACAUCCAACCUUUGACCCAUUAUCCGGUAGGACACUUCCAUCAAGCCAUGCCUUAUUUGGGCAACCAAUUCACCCUCUGGCAGCUACGCCUUUCCCUGCACCAAUGUUGUCAGUUGCUCCUAUCCACCCUGGCCACCGACAGUCUGUUUCCGGCACUGGAGUCUUCCUUCCCCCUGGGUCUAUUCAUCCCCCACCACCAAAACUUACAUCAACUGAAGCUAUCCAUGCUUCACAAGUAGUUACUUUACCUGACAAACCAAUUUGUAAUGGCGAUGCUUCUCCAACAAUCGAGCAGAAGGCAUCCCCGAAGAGUACAGCAGAGUCGACUAGACGCAAAAUGGAAAGCAAUGCUUGCUCGAGCAACAUGGAUAGUGCUCCCAGCGCAGAGCAGCAAGAUGCUGUUGUGAAGAAGCUAGCAAGCAAUCUGACAGAAAAUGUUUAGUAGAAGAGAAGGUAAAGAGAGAAUGAUGUUAUACCGGGUACUACAAGGAAAAUUUUGGAGCAAAUGUAAAGAGAGUGGAAUCACAUCAUUUCUGAUAGUUUCUGCAUUUCAUUGGUUAUGAGAAAACCUUCCAGGUUUGUAGAAUCUCUUAAAUUUAAUAUUUUCAUCUUAAAUCUUGAA